AUGGUCAACCCCACCAUGUUCAACAUCUCCAUGGAUGGUGAGCCCUUGGGCUCCAUCUCCUUCAAGCUGUUUGCAGACAAAGUUCCAAAAAUGGCAGAGAACUUCCAUGCUCUAAGCAUUGGGGAGAAAGGACUUGGUUAUAAAGGUUCCUGCUUUCACAGGAUUAUUCUGGGAUUUAUGUGCCAGGGUGGUGACUUCACAUGCCAUGAUGGCACUGGUGGCAGGUCCAUCUGUGGGGAGAAAUUUGAUGAUGAGGGUUUCAUCCUGAAGCACACAGGUCCUGGCAUCUUGUCCACGGCAAAUGCUGGACCCAACACAAACGGUUCCGAGUUUUUCACGUGCACUGCUAAGACUGAGUGGUUGGAUGGCAAGCACAUGGUGUCUGGCAAGUUGAAGGAGGGCAUGAACAUUGUGGAAGCCAUGAGGCAUUUUGGGUCCAGGAAUGGCAAGACCAGCAAGAAGAUCACCACUGCUGACUGUGGACAAAUCUAAAAAAUUUGACUUGUGUUUUACCUUAA